UUAAAACAAUAUCUUUCUACCAAUACCAUCUUUUUCUCUGUUGCUUGGUUGGUUUGUUUAGUAGCCAUAGAUUAGUAGUGGAUAUUAGAUACCCUUUUAUACUGUUUUUUAUAAUCAAAUGCCUACCGAGUUUUUCCAAGAGACAAUACUGUACUUCUUCUGAGUCAUCCAUACAUACAACUCGGUGAACUGAACUGAGUCACUAUUUGGAGACUGGCGAGUGUUUGAAGGGUUGUUGGAGAAAUAAGGAGCUGUUUCUUUCAGUUUUUUUAACUGCUUCUUCGGCAAAAUUAUAUAUAGCUGUCUCACUUUCCUAAGUUUCCUUGUAUUACAUAAAGAUUCCAUCCAUCCCAGAAACCAGUUCACUACUUGCAGAUUUUUUUUUUUUUUUUUUAAUUGUGUUUUAUACAAGGCAAGGCAUCAUCAUCAUCCUGGCAUGAAGCUGUAUUCUUAACGGUUAGAUUUAUGUACAUCAAAUUCGCUAUCUUUGUCUCAAGAACGCUCACUUCACUUUCACCCUGUUGGGGUAAUCAAGAUUAUUAGUUAAGAGUAUUUGGAGUUUAAUUCAUUGGUGACAAGAUGAACGGAGCUGCACUUGUAGCUAUUGCUGCUGCUAUUGGUAACUUCUUGCAAGGAUGGGAUAAUGCUACAAUUGCUGGGGCUGUUGUUUACAUCAAGGAGGAUUUGAGUUUGAGUACUACUGCAGAAGGUCUUGUUGUGGCCAUUUCACUCAUUGGAGCCACGGCUAUUACAACAUGCUCUGGACCCAUAUCAGAUUGGCUUGGUCGUCGUCCAAUGCUAAUAGUGUCAUCAGUGCUCUAUUUUGUUAGUGGUUUGAUAAUGUCGUGGUCACCCAACGUUUAUGUCCUAUGCUUAGCAAGACUGUUAGAUGGAUUUGGAAUCGGUCUGGCAGUUACUCUUGUUCCAGUCUAUAUAUCUGAGACUGCCCCAUCAGAAAUUAGGGGAUUGUUAAAUACCCUUCCUCAGUUUACCGGUUCUGGUGGCAUGUUUUUGUCAUACUGUAUGGUUUUUGGGAUGUCAUUGACGACCUCACCUAGUUGGAGGUUAAUGCUUGGGGUUCUUUCUAUUCCUUCCCUUCUGUAUUUUGCAUUAGCAGUAUUUUUCUUGCCCGAAUCUCCUCGGUGGCUUGUGAGUAAAGGAAGGAUGGUUGAGGCAAAACAGGUUCUGCAGAGAUUACGUGGCAGGGAAGACGUUUCAGGUGAGAUGGCUUUGUUGGUUGAAGGUCUUGGAAUUGGUGGUGAAACAUCUAUAGAAGAAUACAUAAUUGGUCCAGGUGAUGAAAUUGCUGAUGGGGAGGAACCUGCUAUGGAGAAAGACAAAAUCAGAUUAUAUGGACCUGAAGAGGGCCUUUCAUGGAUUGCCAAGCCUGUGACUGGACAGAGUUCUCUGGCACUUGUCUCUCGCCAGGGAAGUCUAGCAAACCAAAGUGUCCCACUUAUGGACCCACUCGUGACUCUAUUUGGUAGUGUUCAUGAAAAGCUACCAGAUACAGGAAGUACGCGAAGUAUGCUUUUUCCAACCUUUGGAAGCAUGUUCAGUACAGCAGAGCCUCGUGUUAAAAAUGAGCAGUGGGAUGAAGAGAGUCUGCAGAGGGAAGGAGAGGACUACCCAUCUGAUGGUGGUGGGGCGGACUCUGAUGAUAAUUUGCAUAGUCCAUUAAUCUCUCGCCAAACAACUAGCUUGGAAAAGGACAUUCCCCCUCAUUCCCAUGGCAGUAUAUUGAGCAUGGGGCGCCAUAGUAGUCUAACGCAAGGAGGUGGGGAGGCAGUUGGUAGUACUGGGAUAGGUGGUGGUUGGCAGUUGGCAUGGAAAUGGUCUGAGAGAGAAGGUGAGGAUGGAAAGAAGGAAGGAGGAUUUAAAAGGAUUUACUUGCACCAGGAGGGAGUCCCUGGAUCCCGCCGUGGAUCUCUUGUUUCACUUCCUGGUAAUGAUGUGCCUUCAGAAGGUGAGUUUAUCCAGGCUGCAGCUCUGGUAAGCCAGCCUGCUCUGUAUUCGAAGGAGCUUAUAGAUCAGCAUCCAGUUGGACCUGCAAUGGUUCACCCUUCUGAAACUGCUACAAAAGCUCCAAUUUGGUCCGCUCUUUCUGACCCUGGAGUUAAGCGUGCUCUGGUUGUUGGGAUGGGAAUACAGCUGCUUCAGCAGUUUUCUGGCAUUAAUGGAGUCCUUUACUACACUCCUCAAAUCCUUGAAGAAGCAGGUGUUGAGGUUCUUCUUGCAAACUUGGGCCUUAGUACAAACUCUGCAUCAUUCCUUAUCAGUGCAUUCACAACCUUGCUGAUGCUUCCCUGUAUUGGUAUAGCAAUGAAACUCAUGGAUAUAUCAGGCAGAAGGCAGCUGCUGCUCACCACCAUUCCAGUGCUGAUAGUGUCACUCAUCAUUCUGGUUAUUAGUGAAACUGUGGGCUUUAGCUCGGUUGUCAAAGCAGGAGUCUCAACUGCAUGUGUUAUAAUCUAUUUCUGCGUCUUUGUCUCGGCCUAUGGACCAAUUCCGAAUAUUCUCUGCUCGGAAAUCUUCCCAACAAGGGUCCGUGGCCUCUGCAUUGCCAUCUGUGCACUGGUUUACUGGAUUUCCGACAUCAUUGUCACGUACACACUCCCUGUGCUGCUUAGUUCAAUAGGCCUGGCCGGCAUAUUUGGGAUUUAUGCCACUGUGUGUGUCAUCUCCUUUGUUUUCAUCUUCUUGAAAGUACCAGAAACCAAAGGCAUGCCACUUGAAGUCAUUACUGAAUUCUUUGCCGUUGGGGCGAGACAAGCUGACGCAGCCAAGAAUGAAUGAUUCAAAGCUUCUUGUCCCUUCUGCAGUUUAGCUGCUACAGUUACAUCCAACUCUCUUAUGAGAGAUUUUGAGCGUUCUCAUUGCAAUGUGAAUUAGCAUCUUCUGAUUAUAAGAGGUCCAAUGAUUUUUUUCUUUUUUUC